UUAGCGACAAUAGGACCCUUGAUCGCGCCUCAAUCUUGCGCGUCACAUACCCAACAAACGAAGCCAUCUAUGUCUGUCUCUCUCUCCUUUCCAUGUCUCUUUUGGAUAAACCCCCAAUCAAGGCAGAAUCGUGAAUAAACCCUUUUAGAAGCAGCUUGAUUGUUUUCAUCUUCUUUGCUCUCUCAGUUUAAGUAUUUUUUGUGAAAUUUGCGAUUUGCUUAAGUGAGUUCGUAUAAGAUAUUUGUUCUGAACUUAAUCUGAAGUGGGGUUCUUGCAAUAUUGCAAAUUGAAGAGAUUGAGGUGUGGAUAUAAUUUCCGGGUAAGCUUUUUUUUUUUUCCUUUUUCACAAUUUUAGUUCAUAGUUAAUGAAAGUUUGUUGAAAUAGGGAUUUUGAUCAUUCGAUUUUAGUAGAUGUGGUGUGAGAACUAAUAGAAUCUCAUGUGCAAGGCUGAGGUUUGCUGUUUGGUGUUUUAAUGUACAUUUUCAGGCAAGUGCUUGGUGUUCUUUUUAAUUUGAGGUUUUGGGCUUAGGCUUUUAGAGAACCCAAUAGCUGGAUUUGGAUAAAAAUAAGGUGUUGAAGGGUUCUGACUAGAAUUUGAACUGUUGAAUUUAUAUUCUGGGAUUUGAAGAAAGGGAAUAUAUUUUGGCUAUCUGCCAUGGGUGGCAUUCAGAUAGAAAGCUGCUGGUGAAUUUCGUCCUUGGGUUUUGAAUAAGCAACUUGAGAUGGCAACUACUAGCAAGGCCAGAAAUUUGUUUGAGGGUCUAGUGAGAGAAGGAUCAUUUAAAUGGUUACUUAGCAAGCGAAGUUCUUUUGAUGAAGAAUUUGAGGAGAUGGGAAGGUCUCCAUCUGCAAGCAGGAAUUGGAUACCGGAGCUAUCUCCACUGGCUAAUGUGAUUGUUCGUAGAUGCUCAAAAAUCCUUGGCAUCUCGGCAACUGAGCUGCAGGAAAGCUUCAAUCUGAAGGCUUCUGAUUCAAUAAAGCAUCCAUGCCGGUAUGCAAGGAACUUUUUGGAAUACUGCUGCUUCAGAGCACUGGCUCUAUCCAUUCAAUUAACGGGUCAUCUAAUUGAUAAAAAGUUUCGACGCUUGACGUAUGACAUGAUGCUAGCUUGGGAAGCUCCAGCAGCUGCCAGCCAACCUUUGCUUAAUGUAGACGAAGACUUAACAGUUGGGCUAGAGGCCUUUUUGCGCAUAGCUCCAGUAGUUCCAAUCAUUGCUGAUGUGGUUAUCAGUGAAAACCUUUUUGAGGUGCUUACUAUGUCAACCGGUGGUCGGCUUCAAUUCUCCACCUAUGACAAGUACCUAAAUGGACUAGAGAGGGCAAUAAAAAAGAUGAAGAGCCAGUCAGAGUCUUCACUUCUUUCUUCUGUUCGAUUAUCAAGAAGAGAAAAGAUUCUGGAAGUGGAUGGAACAGUCACCACACAACCAGUUCUUGAACAUGUUGGAAUAUCCACCUGGCCAGGUCGGCUAAUUCUCACAGACCACGCACUGUACUUUGAAGCUUUUCGUGUUGUAUCUUAUGACAAACCAAAAGUAUAUGAUUUGUCAGAUGAUCUAAAACAAGUUGUCAGGCCUGAAUUAACUGGACCAUGGGGCACACGGCUUUUUGACAAGGCGGUCUUGUAUAAAUCUAUUUCCUUAUCAGAACCAGUUGUUAUGGAGUUUCCUGAGCUUAAAGGGCACAGUCGCCGUGAUUAUUGGCUAGCUAUUAUCCGGGAAAUUUUGUAUGUUCACAGAUUCAUAAAUAAGUUUCAAAUAACAGGAGUUGAACGGGAAGAAGCUCUUUCAAAGGCCAUCCUUGGAAUUUUGCGACUACAAGCCAUUCAAGAUAUUAGUUCUGUAAAUUCUGUUCGUUUUGAAUCUCUUCUUACGUUUAAUCUUUGUGAUCAACUUCCUGGUGGAGAUUUGAUACUAGAAACUCUUGCAAGCAUGUCUUCCAUGAGAGAAUUAGAACGCACUAACAAUUAUAAGGCUGGAGGUGGAAUGAAUUCAAUCUCAUCCUUGGCCAUGCUUUCCAAUUUAGGAUUUGUGUUUGGAACAAGUUCAAGUGAUGCAAAUGGGGCUGCACUUGCUGUGGGUGAGAUAGCUGUGGGAGAGAUGAGUUCAUUGGAAAGAGCAGUUAAGGAAUCUAGAAACAGCUAUAAAAAGGUGGUGCUAGCACAAGAAACAGUUGAUGGAGUUAAAGUAGAUGGCAUUGACACCAAUUUGGCAGUAAUGAAGGAGCUGCUUCACCCUGUCAUUGAAGUUGGAAAGGGGCUUCUUUCCUUGGCAUAUUGGGAUGAUCCUGUGAAAUCUUUGGUUUUCUGUUCUAUUUCUUCUUAUGUCAUUUGGAGGGGAAGGUUGUCUUAUGCCUUUGGAAUGGUGCUUAUCUUUCUUUCAAUCUUUAUGGUGCUCACGCGAUAUUGUAACCAAGGAGGCCCCAACAACGGACUUAAGGUAAUAGCACCUCCACCAAUGACCACAAUGGAGCAGCUUUUGGCUGUUCAGAAUGCAAUUUCUCAAGCUGAACAGCUCAUCCAAGAUGGAAACAUUUUCCUUCUCAAGUUUCGUGCCUUAUUGCUGUCCAUUUUCCCCCAGGCGAGCGAGAAAUUUGCAGCAGCACUUCUAUGCAUGGCUUUAAUCCUACUUUUCAUACCUAUCAAGUACAUCGUUCUACUCACCUUUUUGGAGGCAUUUACAAGGUAUUCACCUCCAAGGAAAGCAAGCAGUGAAAGAUUGUCGAGGAGAUUGAGAGAGUGGUGGUUUAGCAUACCAGCAGCCCCUGUAGUUCUUGAGAGAGAAAAGGAAGAAGACAAAAAGAAGAAAUGAUUGAAGCUGUAAUUUUAAGUAACAAAAUACACAUUUAUAUGUACAGUUAUCAGAAUAUCUGGGAAAGUGUAAAUCUCAACAAGAAGUAAUGAUGGAAAAAAAAUGGAAUAAUCUGUUUGCAUCUCUGUUAA